ACAGCUUCAGAACUAGAGGGUGUGGGGGUAGCCACUCUCUCCUUAUGAUUACAGCAACAGCGGAGCAAGCAUCAUGGACCUAGGAAAAGGGAUGCGGAAUGUAAUGGUGGUGACCCUGCUUGUUAUUUGUCAGGUCUGCCUUUGCUAUGAUGGAGUCACAGAUGACUACAGUGAUGAAAACACCACGGUGGACUACAGCCAGUUUGAAUCCCUUUGCUACAAAAAAGAUGUCCGGGAUUUCAAAGCCUGGUUCCUGCCCACCAUGUAUUCAGUCAUCUGCUUUGUGGGCUUGCUGGGCAAUGGGCUGGUCAUGCUGACCUACAUAUAUUUUAAGAGGCUCAAAACCAUGACCGACAUCUACCUGCUGAACUUGGCCCUGGCUGACAUCCUUUUCCUCUUGACACUGCCCUUCUGGGCAGUCAGUGCUGCCAAGUCCUGGAUCUUUGGCCCUAUCCUCUGCAAAGCUGUCUACUGUACAUACAAAAUGAGUUUCUUCAGUGGUAUGCUCCUGUUGUUAUGCAUCAGCGUUGACCGCUAUUUCGCCAUUGUCCAGGCCGUCUCAGCCCACCGCCACCGGACCCGCAUCGUCCUCAUCAGCCAGAUCUCCUGCGGUGUGGUCUGGAUGUUGGCCUUCCUCUUUUCCACCCCAGAGCUGAUAUACAGUAACGUCCUAAAGAAUGGGCGUUGUUCACUGGUGACUGAAGACCUGGUGACCUUCACGACCAUCAUCCAAGUGUCUCAGAUGGUGAUAGGUUUCUUAAUCCCGCUGCUGGUCAUGUUCUCUUGCUACCUUGUCAUCAUCCGCACACUGCUUCAGGCUCGCAACUUUGAGCGCAACAAGGCUAUCAAAGUCAUCAUUGCCGUGGUCAUCGUCUUCAUCGUCUUCCAGCUGCCCUAUAAUGGUGUGGUCCUGGCCAAGACUGUGGCGGCCCUCAACAAAACUUCCACUGACUGUGAACACAGCAAGCAACUGGACAUAGCCAGCGACAUCACCUACAGCCUCGCGUGUUUGCGCUGCUGUCUCAACCCCUUCCUCUAUGCCUUCAUCGGCGUCAAGUUCCGUCAAGACCUCUUCAAGCUCCUCAAGACCCUCGGCUGCCUCAGCCAAGAGCGCCUUCUACAUUUGUCUUCAUGCCGACAGAAUCGGCGUUUCUCCAUGAGCAUGGAAGCAGAGACCACCACCACCUUCUCCCCUUAGAGAAUCACCUCCCCAGUUCAAACCCAUCCCCAAGGACCCCACUGCCCUCUCAGCCCAAGUGGCUACAGCUGCUUACACAGUUAAGACCAAGAAUUUCAAAGCUGCUAGAGUUGGAAAAGGGUCUCUCUCUCUGACACUUCACUAUAAAGGUUUUUCUUGGUGUUUCAAACAGAAAAAAUACCCACCUGAGAAGUCAGCCUGAGCCAACCACAUCAACCCCAACAAAAGGGAGAAAAGAGGUGUAUUGUCAACUUACACCAGAGCUCAGGAUGCUUGGGUUAUCCUCGAGAUCUAAAAGUGAGAGUUGGGAGUGGCCUGGGGCUAGGAAAGGGCCUCCUGGGGUAGGGGUUGUGGGGAGAUAAGGUGAAAAGCCAUAAUCUCAGAAUGAAACUGCUCUUGGAUGUCAGAGGAAAAACACUCUUCAAAGAGAUCCCUGAGGGCUGAAGCAAAUUUCCCCAGAGAACAAGACUGUCUUACCAGGACUAGACAGAGUAGACAAACCAGCUUUGUCUUAGGGGGAAAAGAUAUAAAACUUGACUGUGUCUGACUCCAUCCCCUGCCCCUACCUAUAAUUUUUCAUUUGGGCCAAUUCUGAACUAAGAUACCUUCACUUCGCCACCCACCAAGACUCAACUUUCAGCUACACUUGAACCAGUCUUGAGAAGGGCUGGUCUUCCUCUCCUAACCCUGACUCUGGGUUGUAAGGAGUGGGCAGAGGGUGGCUGGGAUUACUUCUGCAGGUCAGAAGAGUUCCCAAAGCCAAACCCACUUUUUCCUGCCUUGGCCUGUGGAACCAGGCUGGAAUGCACUGAGGCCCAAUCUCUGUUUGGCUCCAGGCAGGAGGAAAGCAGGAAAACAAUGGUAUCUACUCAAGUUCCACAAAUGUAUUCCCCUGUUGUCUUUAAAGUGGGCAGAGGAAGAUUUUUGUCAUACUCGGCUGAGCAUCAGCUUCCAUUUCAUUAGGAAAACAUUUUCCACAUGCACAUAGAUAAAUAUUUUCCCUUAAGAAAACAAUAGCUUUUUUCAAUA